AUGACUCGUCCGAGGCGUGCUCGUAAGGGGCCAAUCACUCAAGUUAUCACUCGUCACAUAACCAAACCUCCCCUCUCCAGCAAAGCGGCACAGGCCACGAUAUCAGCCUAUCACGUCCUGCUCAAGAAGCGCGACCGGCUCCUUGUUCGUCGUCGCUCACAGGGGGGAUCUCGUUCGUCGCCCGAGUUGAAGCAGGUUGAGGCUGAGAUAGAGGCUCUAGGGGGUCUGGACGCUUAUCAGCAAGCGAGUAUAAUGGGGCAGUCGACAGUACGGGGAGGUGAUAGUUCACGGGUUUUGAUACCUUGGUUGAAGGAGCGACCCAGCAGUAUGCUCGAAAUAGGCGCUCUGUUGCCCGAUAAUAUGGCUGAAUGCUCGUCCUGGAUAGACAACCACCCAAUCGACCUUCAGUCUCAACACCCCCUCAUCCUCCAACAAGACUUUUUCCAUCGCCCAGUACCGGUCAAAGGCAGCGACGAGUGGUUCGACAUUAUCAGUUGCAGUCUUGUCCUGAAUUUCGUUACCAGUCCUAUACAGCGAGGCCGGAUGCUGCAGCUCUGCCAUCGACAUCUUCGGCCCGACCCCAGUUCUCUGCUCUUUCUCGUCUUGCCUCUGCCCUGCCUCUUCAACUCUCGAUACACAACCGUGUCGUCUUUGCGAUCGCUUAUGAAGACGAUAGGAUUCGAGCUGGCUGCGGAGAGAUGGAAACCUGGCGGAAAAGUAGGAUACUGGUUAUGGGCGUGGCGUCAAGUAGAGACAAACGUCGGGACAAGCCAAUGGACUCGAAAGAGUAGUGUACAACGGGACACGGGGAGACGGAACAACUUUGCCAUACUACUGCCUCCCGAUGAGAAGUGA